UCUUCACACUCUUUUGUUCUCUCUCAUCACUCUAAGCGUCUGCGCUGGCCAGAGAAGGGGUGAAAGGGCACCCCGAAAUUUCCUUCUCCACUGCUUCUGCUUCUGACCCCUGUCUGACCCCUGCUUUCUCUCAAUGGACUCCCAUUAUUCCAUGACUUCAGUUCCGUUCUAGCAGUCCUUUAUUCUGCGGCACUGUGGGAGAGGGAGCGGAGCUGAGGAUGGCUAUGACACUAACGGAGUUCACUCGCUCUCUGGACCCGAAAAUGCUGCCCAGGAUCCUGCAGAUUCAGUCUGGCUUUUACUGCCAGGGUGCUGUGUAUGAGCUGUUCGGGAGGGAGUGCUGUCUCUCCACUGGAGACCUGAUGAAGAUCAUCGACAUCAGCAUCACCAGAUUCAUCGCACAAACUGCCGACGCCUCAGAGAUCAAACUGCCGUUAGAGUAUCCAGGUCUCUUCAGAAUUGUAUCGGACAGUCAGCCGUAUCUGACCAUCAAGGAGAUUGUGGACUCCCUGAAGAUCAGCUCCCACAGACUGGGCCAGCCGGCCUUCAUCUCGGCCAACCAGAUCCAGCUUCCUCAGGGCUCGGUGAAGGAGAAGGAAGGCUUCUGCAUCACAGCGGUCACUCUGGAUGCACAGGGUGGUGGCCAUGUCGACUGCGAGCUCCUCUACAAGGAGCCCAAGUUCAGCUUCAGGCUGGACCUCUCUCAAGAAGGCCACUUCACAGAGUGUGAAGAUGACCAGUUUUACACCCUGCGGGAGCUGGCAGAGUGGAAGAUACCCAAAGGCAGGAAGAGGACGGUGACUGUGGCCAAUGCUCCGCCCCCAAAGGACAUGCUGUUUUCCACUCUACUUGAAAACAUUAGUGGGGAGUUGACGCUGACGCCGGUGUACGAGCUCCAGGCUGUGAUGCAGCUCAGGAAGAGCGUAGCUCUCAUCCCGUCCAACAUGGACGUAGAGGUCAUGGAUGUGACGGAGCAGUUUGAUGUGAACACCUUUAUUCAGCCACUUUCACUUCAGGACGUCUUCCAGAAGCCUUCAGAGAUUUUCCCCAUGGUGGCGGAUGUGAUCGAGAGACCUUUGAUUGAAAGGCACAUGCCCGAGGAUUUUGUAUCUCUACUGCGUUCGGAACAAGUGAUCAUCCACAGGGUUUACGAAGCCAAGAGGAUCCUCGCUACGGAAAUUCGGCAAGAAUCACCAAGACAUUUCCUCAUUCCCGCAACCUACAAGGGCCGCUUAAAGCGGCGGCCUCGCGAGUUUCCCACAGCUUACGACCUGGAACGUGCCCGCAGUGACACAGAGCAGUUACACGUGGUGGCCACCAGGGGCUUUGACUCAACCUAUAGUGGAUUAGCAUCUGUUUUAGUGGGGGAUGAAUUCGUAGUAAAGAAAAGCAAAUCAGGUGAAGUUGUUUGUGAUGGAAACAGGGAUUUGGUGGACGCCCUGACUUGUAUGAAGAUCAAGGGGAAGACUCAUGAACCUGUUCGUAUCCCAAUGUGCCUGGACGGAGGAUUUAUGGAGGUUAUUCACGACAAGCGCCAAUACUCCAUUUCUGAGGUUUGCCACUGGUUCCCGCUUCCGUUCAAUGUCAAGGUGUCCGUACGUGACCUGUCCUUGAAGGAGGACAUUCUGGCCAGUGUUCCUGGCCUACGCAUCGAGGAAGAAAUCACUGACCCUUACCUCCUCAUCUCAACCCUUGACCUUUCCAGUUGGUGGGAAGUGCCCGUAAACCGCACGCACAUGAUUGUUCACUUGGAGAAAAGCUGGACAGGUGGGGUCCCGACAUCCAAUGUGAAUUCAGCUAUUGAAGAGAUCUCUGAAGACAGUUACUACACCAUGAGGAGGUACGUCUUCACUACGGUAAUGCCUCCACCACGACCCCCCAAAAAACCCAAACAGCCUCCAGCAAGACCAGCCAGACCGCAGCCCAACCCACGACCUGAGAAACCCACCAACAUCCCCGCCAGCUGCUCCCCAAAGAGUCCUCGGCCUGCUGUGGUCAGCAGAGACAGUUCUACAGACCGCAGCCACUCUACAGUACGAACUGAGAGAACACCCAAAAGUCCAGCUACCCUGCCCAAACCUGUCCUGCAGAAAGCUGUUACCAGAGGCCACAGUCUUGAGGAUGUGUGUAUAAACUUACCUGAUGAAGAUGACCCCCAUGAUUAUGAAUACAUUGAUGAAGAUCAACUCGACAACAUCAGGAAGCAGUUCCAUGAGCAGUCCAUAAGCGUUCCUGCCAAAGGAAAACCAAGUAAUACGAUAUGAUCACACUAUGUGGAUGAUGGCUGACAAAUCG